AAGGUGGAUAUAAUAAUAUAUAAUCCAAUAGAAGCAGUAAAAUUAGAGCCACAAUUGCGUUAUCUAGGAGAUGCUACUCCACCUUUGGAAUGGGUUGGUUUGCAAAGAGCAAAAGCAUAUAAUAUUAUCAUAGGUUCAAACGUUGAUUAUAAUAUUCGAUCAACAAUACCUUCACAUAUUAAAUCAAACAACCAUCAAAAAAAUAAAACUGUAGCAGAACAGACAACUCGGAUACGACAACAAACUCUUCCAACAGUUUUACAAGCUUCAGAGUUAAGAAAGAAUGCUGUAACCUCACUUGUAAAAGCUUUUGUUGAAGCAAAUAUUCCUCUUGAAAAAGUUGACAAGCUUC